GCCGCGCGAUUCCUGGGAUCGAGCGCCGCUUCAGCGAAGACGGUAGCCGCCGGGUAACCACGGGGGAGAAACGGACCCAAAACACCGCCCGGGAAAACGGACAGACCCGGGCCGGCUGUGGGGGGGGGGUUGACGGUAAUGAGGAGCGGGUGCGGGUGCAGGGACGGGGCUGGAGCCGGCGCAGUGAGCGGCCGAAGUGCAGAACGCGCGCGGACCGCUGAUGCGGAAUGGGAGUUGGUGCGGCCGGUGUGACGUCAGAGCCGGUGCUGUGAAGAGUUCUUAGAAUAGACUUCUAGGAAACGGUAAAUUUUAAAAGCCAAGCCUUUACACUCUGUCCUUCACACAUUUGGACCCCAUUCUCGUGACAACACACUCCAAACCGUCGCAGCGCAGUUUGUGUUCGAACCUUUUUCUGUUUUCGUGUUUGUGCCUACAAGCUGAACUCUGUGUUCUUCUGUCAGACCAAGCACAGCUCUGAGCUUCUUUACGCCGCUUUUAUUAGACAUACUCAUACCGAGCCGAACUCAACGCUUAUCUUCCACUGAAGGUGUUUCGGCUCAUAACUAGAUCCGUCUCUGUAUGUUUGGUUUUUUCUUAAGAAAUCACCCUGACUGGAUUUAAGGACACCGCAGGAUUCAACAAAUAGCAUGAUUCUGUGUGUACCAGGUCCUACAACUCUUCUGCACGCUGCUCCAUCCAUUGAAGCCCCACGGGGCAUGCGGGCAGAAACUGGACCCCCGGCCCCUUGCCUUCAAAGUACCCUUCCGCUAUGGGACCCCACCAAAGACCUGCGGGCCAUCGCCAGCAACUUCUGCUAUUUAGAAAAUUCAGGCUGGUACUGGGGAGCUGUAACUGCAGCUCAGGCCCACGCUGCACUUCAAGAGGCAUCUGAAGGAGCGUUCUUGGUACGAGACAGCAGCCACCCUCUGUACAUGCUGACCCUGUCGGUCAGAACUGCACGCGGUCCAACAAGUAUACGGAUCCAGUACAGCGGUGCCCAGUUUUUGCUUGACUCUAGCUCCCCUGCUCGGCCCAGCCUGUCGUCAUUCCCCAAUGUGCCCAGUCUGGUGCAGCACUACAUGGGACCACAGCGGAAAGCAGAGGAGAGAAAGGUGGAAGAAGAGGCUCCAACUAAACCAUCCCUGCAGACAAUUCAGGAGAUGUCUGUCGUAUUAAAACUGAAGCGGGCCGUGUACAAGCCCCAGGGCCUCCCAUCUUUACAGCACCUCACACGUCUCGUCAUUAACAGACACUGUGACUGUCCUGAACAGCUACCACUCCCUAGGCCUCUGCUGCGCUACAUACAGGACUAUCCCUUCAAGGUAUGAAGUACCACUACAUUAAUAUGGCUGACGCUCAGCUGACGCUAAGGAAAGAAACUGUGAAACAGGUCUUUUGUGCCUGUUAAUAAUAUUACUGCUCCAGCAGUUGGAGGUCAGUGUCAAAAGUACUGGACACAGGGUCAUGGGACAUGUUUUUGAGGACAGAAUUUGUACCAAGUCACUUUUUACAAACAUGUCUGAUUUCAGACUGAAUUUGUCGUGGACUGGGUGGUGAAGCACUCUCGAAAAAGACAAGUUGCAAGCAAACCUCAGUACUGUAAUUUUACCUAUCACCUAUUUUAUGAUUUUUUUUUAUUUUAUGGAUGUGGAAAGUGUCCAGAUCUGUUUUACCCUCAUCAACCCUGGAUGUACAUACUCUAUACUGUUCUUAAGUACACUGAUUCCACUGGAACAUCUUUUUGCCAUUUUAUUUUUCUCAGUAAAACAUUUUUCUACUUUUUACAUGUGUACAUUUUUAUAUUAAAAUAACCUAUUGGAGUCUGA